AGAAAUCGUAGCCGCGAAUUCACGCCGGGCGGGAUGGGCAGAUGGGAAAUUUCUACACCGCCUCGUGAUCCCAUGUCGGUCACAGGUCCGUACGCACAGUGUAUGCGUGGGCGUGCUGGUGUGGGGAUUUGUGUACAUCGACAUGGCGAGCAUGGCGAUACGGUCCAUAUUUUAGUUUCUCUUUUGCUGGGAAGUUUGAUGUGGCACGCGGUUACUGCAUGGACGGAAACCAAAAAAACUGACAAUCAGCUCCUAGCCCAGUUCUACUUUAGUGACGAAGAGCUGAAUGCGGUGUCGCAGGAACUGGACAGCUUCGAUGGAAGGCAGGACCCAGAGAGGUGCAUGCUGCUCGUCAACCAGCUCAGAGCUUGCCAGGACAAAGUGCUGGCUAUUGUGGAGCAGAUGAUGGAGCACGCCAUCGCGGAGGAGCGGGCCAAUCGGGACUUCCGGGCCAAGUUUCCUGACGAUGUCCUGCAGGACGGGCUGGCCGGCCAGCUGUGGUUUGGAGCAGAGUGCUUGGCUGCUGGUACAACCAUCAUGAAUCGCGAGAUUGAGAGUGCCGCGCUUCGGCCACUGGCCAGAGGGCUGACCCGAAGUCUGGACGUGCUACGCAGCAUCCUGAGAGAGCAGUGCUACAAGAACCUGAACCACUACAGCGACAAGGUUAAAGAGGGACUGCGGAAGUUUGACGAGGUGUUUGCAGAGUUUGAGCUGAGCUACGUCAGUGCCAUGGUCCCCGUCAAGACGGCAUGGGAAUAUGACACUCAGCAGGAUGUCAUCAUCCUGUUCUCGGAGACCAUCGAAAGGGCUUUGAAGCUGGGAUACAUCACGCAGGAAAGAGUGGACGACUACGACCCCGCCUUGAUGUUCACCAUCCCCAGACUGGUCAUAGUCAGUGGUUUGCUGAUUUUUCCGGAUGGACCUCUGAAUAUGGAAAGGGACUCGCGGAACAUCUCGGAGCUCUUCAGACCAUUCCAGGGUUUACUGCUCAAAAUCAAGGAAUUACUGGAAACCCUGCAUGAGGAGGAACUGCAUCUUCUGGAGAAGGCCUUGUGUAGCACCAAGGACUCGUGGGAGGUCAUUGAACGCCAGCUGAACGAGAUGAGUCUGUCCUACGACACGCCCCCACGGGGCCGCUCCCGCCGCACCAGCCGCAACCCAGACUCCAUCUGCCUGUCACCCUGCGAUAGCCUCAUGACGGAGUGCUCGGUCAUCAGCUCCAGCUUCCUCUCCACCCCCGAGGGGGCGGACCUCCUCAUGCAGCGGCUGAGCUUCUCAGAGUCCGGCCAGGAGCCGCUGGCCGAGAUGGCAGCCAGUGGUGGGCUGGAGACUCCCUCGGAAGCCUCUGAAAGGGACGCGGCGCCUGAAGUGACUGUCUGUGACAGCAAGGUGUCUACGAUUGCCGAGUCAAAGGAUGAAAGGGAAAACUGUGCAGCCCAGGACGUGGAGCAAGGAGCGUCCUCCUCUACGCCAGAUCAUGGCUUACCACCACAUCUCAACGAACUCCGAAACGGGGAUCUGGCAAACAACAACUUUUUUGGACGCCGAAUCUCUAACAAUGAAGUGAAUUCCACUCCCAGCGAAGUGCCAAUUCUCGACGACUUGGAACCGGCCCACGGAGAGAACCACCCACCGCGCCUGACCCGGGAAGACAGUGGGCUGGGCUCCGCCCCCGAGAUUGAGAUGAUGGACUUAUUCAUUAACGUCCCACCCAUGCUGCCCAGCAGUGUCGAGAUCGGCAUGAAUGGAGGGGAGGGCCUUGUCCAGGUUCAGAACAGUGGGUCAGUGCCGCACAGCAGCAAGGCCCACCACAACCCUCUGAGAAUCGACACCGGAACCCAGGUGGCCUCACCCAGUGGCCCUGCCCGCCCCCUGGCAGUCACAUCCCCCACGGGGAACGAGUUUGCUCCAAAGUUCUCCAGCUUCGGGAAAGGGAAACCCAGCACGGAGCUGAGCUUGGUUGGUGCUAGAACUAGUCCCACGGUCAACAAUCUACACCAUUCUGAUUUUGCCAACGAAGGGACGGCAUCCCCCACGCACCGGAUAACCAAUCAGGGCUCCCUGGACACGCCCUCACCCAAUGGACAGAAUGAGGCAACCUCCUUCCUUCAGCGCAUCCGACACGGCUCCGGCCACAGGUCCUCGGACCAGGAGUUGUCCCGCGCGUCCAGCCCCAACGGGGGCAUCUCGGCAAGUGCAAUCAACAGAGUAGAGGGGAGUCGUGGGGUGAGGCGGACCGCAAACCCGGGCUCCUGUGACCUCCCUGAGUGUGAUAGGGACGACGGGGGCUCCUCCAGCUCCUGCUCCUCAUCAUGCUGCGGAGGCGAUGACGACAUUUGCAGUUACCAGUGGGAAUCAGACGGCAGUGAUAGCGACAGCACUUCCUACUUGUCUGAGAACAAUGACGAGCUGGAGAUCGCCAUGGCGAUUGAGGCAGCGGAGGUUGCCGCCAGGCAGGAGAUGAGGUCGCACUUCCGCAGCUCCAGCGACCUGGUGCACCGACUUUUUGUCUGUAUCGCAGGUGUUGCUGACCAGCUCCAGACAAACUACGCCAGUGACCUCCGCAACAUCCUCAAGAAUGUUUUCAUCAUGUGUGCCUCGGAACCCUGCCUCGCUACCCCAGAUGAUGCCAGCGGGAGUGGCAGUUCCCCGGAAGGGCUGCCACAAGAGGGCGCCGGCAGAAGCAACGGGGAUGCCGCCGGAAAUGACGUGGCCUCCGGGAGUACGUCACCCGCAAAUGGCCGAGUCCAUUUCGAGGGCGGAGCGGAUGAUACCGAAAGGACAGCCGCGGUGGGCAGCAUCCCCUCGAAUGCAAAUUCUGAAAUCCAGGGCUCGGCCGAUGUCUCGGGAGACCCCACAGAAAGCUUGUCGUCUGCUGAAGGGUCUGCACAUGACAACAGCUCUGAUGGUGUCUCUGGAGACGUUGUCAGCAGCAAUGGGCCAAGUGAAGGAGCCUUGUCUGAGGGUACGUCCAAGGUAGCGGGUCCAUCCUCAGAGCAGAAAGAAAGAAGGAGACAUCGCAGUGGCUCCAGAAACCGAAGAGCCGCCACUUACCAAGAACCACCGCUGUGGGUUCCCGACGACAGCGCCACCGAGUGCACAUCUUGCAAGGCUGUAUUCACCAUGCUGAGGAGGAAACACCACUGCAGAAACUGCGGAAAGAUCUUCUGCGCUCGUUGCUCGGCCAACUCGGUCCCCCUGCCGCGCUACGGCCAGCUCAGCCCAGUCCGCGUCUGCAACCGAUGCUACAUGUUCCAGGUCACCCCCUUCCAGACCUGAAAUUUCUUCCGACUGCAGACUGCGUUAGGCUUUUUCACCAUUUGUUUCUCCCGUGGUGCCCUUAAUGUAUAAACCAUGACGUCCGGUGCAGGUGGGUGCUUAUAUCCAGUGGCAAUCUAAACCCAAGGUGUGGACCGCUCGUUACGACCUAAUAUGAAAAGGGGAACUUACAGCAAAAAAAUUAACACCUGUUAAAAACUACUACAUGUAUUUAUUUUGGACUUGCAUUAGAUCAUCACAGUAUGUGAGAGAAUAUUGGAAAGGAGACUCAAUUUUAACAUCGUCGUUUGUAAGGCUUUGAUUUUUGAGCCCAGCUGGUCACCAUCGGCGUAUCAAUCAGGUUGGUCAUUCCUUCUCGGUGUCAAGUUUGAAACUGCCUUUCUUUUACGGCUGUUCUGAUUUCUGGAACUUAAGCCACGGGAUAAAGAUCUGCCUAAAGCAAGAACAAAAAUUAUCGUUACCUGAUUUGUUUUUUAUUAUUAUUAUUAUUAUGGAUUCUGAAACGCAGCUGGUAAUUUUAAGCAAUUUAUUGUUGAUAUGUAACUGAUAUAAUUUGCCCAAUGGGAGAGGUUCUUGUGUGCAGGUGGCCACAGGUGGCAGCCAUCUUUGCUGCCACAGAAAUGUGCAAGACCGUGGAGACCCAUGCUUGGGAAAGAGCAGGCUGAUAUGAUUUUUUUUUUUCUGCAUCAAAUAAUACACUUGUUAACACGACAAUCGUGUACAAACUCUGACAGGUUUGAUUGCACACACAUAAAGUAUACCAAAGAAGUGCAUGUUAACCCAACCCAGUCAAACUCCAACACCAGGGUUGUAGGAAUUGUCGGGAUGAGCACUGCACUGGCUACAAUGAUACAUUUAUGUGCACAGUUUACCAUACAGUGUUUGGAUUUUCAAGGAUGCGAAAGGUUGCCACAUGGAGUAGAUCACCCUAGGGAGUUGUAAGGGGACGAAUUUCAUCUAUGGAAUGUUGGUCCAGAAUAGCCUGAGCAAUUUGCUUUUAAACGUCUCCUUUUUUUUUUGGUCAAAGUUCUGCAACGUCCUGAUUUAUUUUUGAAUUAGAUGCUUAUAAAGCUCUGUACAGCUGAAAUGUCACAGCCAACGAAAACAUCCCGUUUGCAAUGUGUGCCAUACCUUAAGCCAAUUAUUCUCAAUAAGGGUAGUGACUUCUGUGAUGUAUAAUUUUCCGACUCUCACUUCCAUGGUCGAUAUUCAUUUCUCAGACUGUGCCGCUUGUAAAUAUACAUGUACAUGUGUUAAAAAAAAAUCUGGUGUAUAUAAUGCCUAGGGCAAGAAGUCUACUGUGCAGUGUCGACUGUACCAUCUGUACAUGUGCACGAAAGGCAUGACAGCAAACAGCGUAUACAUUUAUAGAAACAUUCACAUUGAGUUGAACGUUAUGAGAGUGAUAUUGACGAGGAAACUGGAAAGCCCGAUUGGUUGUGGGCAAGAACGGUGUGCUGGGGGUCUCGGGUUCAAAUCCCUCCUCACAGUCACUUCUGUGGUCGUCUUGGCCGAGCGAGUUGUGCCUGAUUUCCCCGCAUUUGUUUGAGAGCUUUGAAACUAGACCAAAAAAAAAAACCCACUGGCCUCUUGUAAUGAUCUAUGAUCAGUUUCGGAAAACUUGGCCAAGGUAUGGUCCGAGGAGAGAGAGAGAGCUUGCCCGCUCACCAGUCAGUUGAGGGCAAUACUUGCAAAUUGUCCAGAAAGGAAAGUGAACUGCACUUUGGGAAAACACAGUAGCACUUGUAUUUGUGAACGCGUAGUUGACUACAGCCACAGUAAAUUUUUCCAGUACUUAGCCCUCUUGAAAAAGUACUUGACUACAACACACACAUCGGUUGGUCAUAUUUGGUGCAGUGUACAUACACUGAUGUUAUUUCAAAGCGCGUCCUUGCAAAAAGCGAACUACGUAAUCAACACGUAGGGAGCAUUUCCAUUUCUUGUAUCAAGGGUAUAGUGCCAAGAUGUGCUCCUUUACUCAAGUGUACAUUUCCAUGACAUCAUCAGAUUAUUGGUGCGUACUUAAUGUAUCGUAAAUAAAAGUAUUUAUCAGGGUUCCUUGUUUAUUUUCUGACAUCAAAACCUUCAGGAUUUAACCAAACUUGAGCUGUUUCUCGCCAGAUACUCGCCAGAUACUCACAGAUUUAUAUGUACCAAGUCUUGACAAUGCAAAAAAAAAACCAAACCAAAUGUCAGUUUAGAAGAACAAAGAUACUAGAUCCUUAAAAAUAAGUUUGAGGCGGAUACUUUUCGACUGCAAGGCUUUUCAGAUACAAGGUGAAGUUGUAUAUUCAGGUCUUUUUUUGAUAUUCACAUUACAAAUAUGCUAUAUUUGAGAGGCGUUUUGAGGUCGUCUUUAUAUUUUUUUUGACAAGCUGGUAACGACAGGACGUUGUUAAUUUGUAGGUCUGUUUGAGAUGUGUAUCUUGAGGAGGUUCAUUGAAGUUCGCAAGGCGUCACUUGGGGGCCUGGUGGUACCAUCUGAAUAUAGUGUGGUACAAGAUGGUAACAGAUUUUUUUUGGGGGGGGGAAUUUUGUUGCAUUUUGUGUCCCCUUUUCGUCUCGUAUUUGCCGUUAGAAAAAGAUGCGGGUGUUUGGUUUUCAUUACGCUUUCUUUAAAAACUUUUUGUUGUAUUUCAUUUUCGGUUGCAGCGCUGGUGGUAAAACAAAGUUGAUCACCAUUUUGCCGUUCAGUUUCCAACAAGAAACCUCACAUUGCAUUGGAGGUUUGUCAGUUUGGAGUUGCAAGUAGUUAGUUGGGUCAGGUUUGGUUUUUGCUCCAUUUCAUUUUGUAAAAGUAAAAGAGGAGAUUUAAUUAUUUGAAUUUUGUUGCUUUUUCUUAGUUGGGUUUGUGGUACCUCUACAAGAACAUGUGCAGUUUUAUUUUCCAGUAACAGGUUUAUUUUUUUAUUCAACCAAAAAGAAGGAACUUAUCUGGUGUUCAGAAUGUAUACUGUACAUGUUGCAUGUCGACAAUAUAAUUUGCAUUUAUGGGGUUUGUUUGGGGGUUUUUUGUGUCUGUAAAUACGAAAUGCAGUAAGCAAUCUGUGAAAACCCUGUAAGCGUCAUCAAUUUUAAGAGGAGUCUGGUGCAAAAAGAAUGCCAUGUUUCAUAGCGGUGAGGCCCAUCUGAGUGCAAACCUGUCACUGGUUUACACAAGCUCAGAUCAUUGUAAUCAUUGCUUUGCACACCAGUGAAACAACAAGUAACAAUGAGGGCCAAGUGGGCUGGCUCACGGCACUCCCAUCACGUUGUAGAAUGUGGUAAAAGGAGGAGGCAGGGACUAGUCUAGAAGUGAGACCAAUUUCUGUGUGCAUCACUAGUUCACACAAAUGAUAGCAUGCUAAGAAUCUUUGCUGACUGGAUGUGGCAUGGGGGGGGCAGGGGCAGUGUAUACGAAUAGAGCUCAUGAGAUAUCUUGAGGUUAAGACACUGUGACUGGACCAAUUAUCAAUUUGCGGGAAAUGAAGCUCUACAAAAUCUGCUCCAACUGUGAUAAUUUGCGUAUAAAGCGGUACGAUGCUUGCUGUAGGCCGUCAGCUCGCCGAAUGGACAGAAAUCCUGUAAACUGUCCCUUUUUUGGGGCAUUCUGCAUAUUACAUCUUGAAUAUCAAUAAAUGUCUCUCGAGCGAUCUGA